ACACUCCUUGCGUACGGCAUGGAGUGUGGUUGGAUCUCCCCCACUACUAAGAUCCUGCAGUCUGAAGCUUCUCCUACUGGUUACCCUUUGUCAGACAACAUGGUGGCUUGGAUAGCUAGUGCGAUGAGCAUGUCAGCCAUAUUUGGUGUAUCACUUUAUUCAUAUAUAGCGGAUGCUUUUGGGAGGAGGAUUGGCAUUAUUCUAAUAGCUAUUCCAGAAGCGAUUGCAUGGAUAAUCAAAUUAUCAUAUUCAUCUACAACAACCCUCAUAAUAGCCAGAAUGUUUGCUGGUUUAGCAGCUGGAGGUUGUUUUAACAUAGUGCCGAUGUACGUCAAGGAGAUCAGUCAAGAUGACAUGAGAGGGGUCCUUGGUACCUUGCCCAUAGUUCUACAAUCAGUGGGUUUACUUAUCAUGUACAUAAUAGGAUCAUAUUUGAGUUACUUCACAGUUAUCUGGGUGGUGAUGUUGUUGCCGAUAUUGACAGCUUUGCUUUUGCUGAAAGCGCCAGAAUCUCCGGCAUUUCUAGUUAAACGAGGAAAAAUAAAUGAAGCAAUUGAAACUGUUGCACUUCUUAGAGGACUAGAAAAGGAUGAUAAAAUUGUACAAAGCAUAGUGGAAAGUAUGAAAAAAGAAGAUGAACACUUUAAAACUCUGCCUAAUAUCAGUAUUUUAAGUAUUUUAAAAGAACAAUCAUGGCGACAUGGACUCAUUCUCAUUUUAUUCUCUUUUAUGUUCCACGCCCUCAAUGGGUGUUAUGCUAUUAUGACCUACGCUUCAACUAUUUUGAUCUCUACUGGAGUGAAGUUUGACAUAAGUCCAGAAAUACAGACACUCAGUUUUCCUAUUGUUAUUACCAUCACCGCUUUAACACUUGCUGCUUGUGUGGAAAAAUUUGGAAGGAAGGUAAGGUAUAAUUAUAUUACAGAUACUAUCGUUAUCAGCAUAGAGUGUAAAUUAGGUAUACUCUAAGUUAUCAGCUUAUUCUAAAAGCUACUAUUGGUCACGCUCCUUGGAGAUUUAAAUAUGAAGCUUGAAACCAUCACACUGCUAUGCCGGUUGGCGAGUGUUUGAUUCGGAGUCUCUAACGCGUUAGUAAUAAUGACAAGACCGACGGCUUAACAUGUUUUCCGAGGCAUGGAGGUGUUACACCACCAACUUUUUACCAGUAGCGAAGACUGAAAUUUUGUAAUAAGUAAAGUUGAUGUGUUUUUUAGUUUGCAUGUGUUUU